AUGGCUGUCCGAGCACUGAAACAGACGGGUAGCAGAAGUAUUGAAGCAGCUCUGGAGUAUAUCAGUAAGAUGAGCUACUUGGAUCCUAGAAAUGAACAGAUAGUGCGUGUAAUUAAGCAGACCUCACCAGGAAAGGGUAUUGUGCCAAAUAAUGUAACCCGCAGGCCAAGCUUCGAAGGAUCAAACGAAUCUUUUCCAUCCUACCAUCAGAUCAGUAACGCAGCCUAUGAAGGGACAGGCUUUGGAGCAGAAGGUGCAAAUAUGCUUACUGAAGUUCCAAGGCCAUACAUGGACUAUUUAAUCUCUACUUCACCAUCUACAGCUAUGAAUGCUCCUGUACAGCGACCCUCUGGGGUAGGCACUCACAGCACACCAACAAGUCAUCAGCAGAAAACAUACCCUGCAAAUAUUGAGUCUUCUGUGAUUAAUUACCCACUGCAGGCGUCCCAUGGCUCCAACAGCCAACAUUACAGUAGGCCGCACAUCAUGGUGCAGGGGGAACCCAUGGGUUAUGGUGUUCAGCGAAGUCCAUCCUUCCAAAACAAGAUGCAGCAGGAGGGAGGAUACACCAGUCUCCCAAAUAAAGGGGCAGUUGUUCAGAAUAAUUCUGGUCAUGCAUUUCAGCAGGCACCGGCAAGCCUGUAUAUGUCACAUUCUCAUCACAAACAGACGAGUCCUUCUUCUCAUCAAAUGCAUGUGAUAUCCAGAGGUCCAGCCUUUGCUAAUGAUUUUUCUGACAGUCCUCCACAAAAUCUAUUAACUCCGUCUAGAAAUAGCCUAAACAUGGACCUCUAUGACCUGAAUAAUCCUCAAGUUCAGCAGUGGCAGGCGGCAACACCCUCACGCCGAGAUUCCUUACAAAAUCCAGGAAUAGAAACAUCUCCACGGCAACAUGUAUCCUUCAGACCUGAUGCCACAGUGCCGAGCAGAACAAACUCCUUCAACAACCACCAGCAACAGCCACAAGUGACAGUGUCUAUAAGACAGGUUCCUCCAGGAAAACCUGAUCCUUCAAUUACGUCUCCAAAUACAAUCACAGCAGUCACAUCUGCUCAUAUUCUCCAGCCAGUGAAGAGCAUGCGAGUGAUGAGACCUGAGCCUCAGACUGCAGUGGGACCUUCCCAUCCUGGCUGGUUACCUGCACAGGCACCGGCUGUGGAUGGCUUGGAGAUGAUUGAGCAGCAUGUGCCACCUGUUGGAGCAACUAAUGCCUAUCAACUAGAUGUGGAUUACGGUAACCAGGAGCUGCGGUGUCCACCACCACCGUAUCCCAAGCAUUUGUUGCUUCCUGGUAGCUCUGAGCAGUUUGAUAUCAACUGCUUAUGCAUGGGUGUAGAGCAGACCCUCCGUGUAGUCCCCAGUUCGACAUGCAGUAAGGCUGAGGAGAACAGCGAGCGAAAUGACAAAAGCAGCAAGAACACUAAAGCUGAAAAACCAAGCAAGGAUAAAAAGCAGAUUCAGACGUCUCCGGUGCCUGUGCGAAAAAGUGGCAAAGAUGAAGAAAAGAGAGAAUCCCGAAUAAAGAGCUACUCACCUUUUGCCUUCAAGUUCUACAUGGAACAACAUGUAGAAAAUGUCAUAAAGACCUACCAGCAAAAAAUUAACAGAAGAUUGCAAUUGGAGCAAGAAAUGGCUAAAGCUGGCCUUUGUGAAGCAGAACAGGAGCAAAUGAGGAAAAUCCUCUACCAGAAGGAGUCCAACUACAACAGACUUAAGAGGGCUAAAAUGGACAAAUCUAUGUUUGUGAAAAUCAAGACUCUGGGUAUCGGUGCGUUUGGAGAAGUGUGCCUGGCCUGCAAAGUGGAUACUCAUGCCCUGUAUGCCAUGAAGACUCUGCGGAAGAAAGAUGUGCUGAACAGGAACCAGGUGGCUCACGUCAAAGCAGAGAGGGACAUACUUGCUGAGGCAGACAAUGAGUGGGUGGUUAAACUCUAUUAUUCCUUCCAAGAUAAAGAAAACUUGUACUUUGUGAUGGACUACAUCCCUGGUGGGGAUAUGAUGAGUCUACUGAUUCGAAUGGAGGUCUUUCCAGAGCGUCUGGCGAGAUUUUAUAUUGCAGAGCUCACUUUGGCUAUAGAGAGUGUGCACAAAAUGGGAUUUAUUCAUCGAGACAUCAAGCCUGACAACAUUCUGAUAGACCUUGAUGGGCAUAUCAAACUAACUGACUUCGGGCUGUGUACUGGAUUCAGGUGGACUCACAAUUCAAAAUACUAUCAGAAAGGGAGCCAUAUCAGACAAGACAGCAUGGAGCCCAGUGAUCUUUGGGAUGAUGUGUCCAACUGUAGAUGUGGAGAUAGGCUGAAGACAUUGGAACAAAGAGCUAAGAAGCAGCAUCAGAGAUGUCUAGCCCACUCCUUAGUUGGAACUCCUAAUUACAUUGCUCCUGAAGUCCUGCUUCGUAAAGGAUACACUCAGCUCUGUGACUGGUGGAGUGUUGGUGUGAUCCUCUUUGAGAUGUUAGUGGGCCAGCCUCCUUUUCUGGCUCCUACACCUACAGAAACCCAACUGAAGGUGAUAAAUUGGGAAAGCACACUGCACAUUCCCUCACAGAUCAAGCUAAGCCCUGAGGCAACUGAUCUCAUCACAAAGCUCUGCUGUGCUGCUGAGGACAGGCUUGGAAGAAAUGGAGCAGAUGAUAUUAAGGCUCAUUCUUUCUUUCACUCCAUGGACUUCUCUACCGAUAUCCGUAGGCAACCAGCUCCUUAUGUUCCAAAGAUCAGCCACCCAAUGGACACUUCCAAUUUUGAUCCAGUUGAAGAGGAAAGUCCUUGGAACAAUGCUAGUGGUGACAGCACCAGGACAUGGGAUCCACUGGCCUCUUCCAAUAGCAAACACACAGAACAUGCUUUUUACGAGUUCACUUUCCGAAGGUUCUUCGAUGACAAUGGGUAUCCCUUCAGGUAUCCCAAACCUUCUGGAAUGGAAGUUGGCCAGUCUGAGAAAUCUGAUGUAGAAGACAAAGGUGUGGUGGAUCAGACUGGAGCCUGUCAGCCUGUAUAUGUGUAAAUUAUUGUAUAGAGAAUUCCAGAUAAGACUAAUCUCCAAUCCAGUAGGGCCUUUAACUGAUCCUUUAGGAGCUGAUCCUGCAGUACUUGUUCAGGUGUAACUUCAGCUGAGGCUGGAGUCAUCCUGGGGAGUCAGAAGCUUGCAGGGCCGGGUCCUAAAAAUGGCACUCUUGAAAGUUCAGGUCAGUUUUACUGUAAAUAACUUUGGUGAUAAUUACACUUGAAAUCCUGGUCUUCACCAAAACCUGCAAGGCCAGAAGUCUGUCAUUUCUAGGCCUGUUUUUAUUUGAGGUCAGCAUCCCCCUACUCAGAUUAACAUUUACAGACUUCUGCAACUGUCAGCGUUAUUUUUUAAAUGAAUAAAGAGCACUUAUAUUUUGUUUAUAGCAGGGGUUUUUUUUCCUACUAAAUUAUAGGGAUUAACUUUGACAAAUCAUGCUGCUGUUCUUCUUUUCUACAUUUUUAUUUUAUCCAUAGCACUUAUUUCACAUUUAGGAAGAUGCAUAAAGCUGAAGAACAUGUGAUGAAAGGUCUCUGUGCAAUAAUGUAAGAAAGAAAAAAAAAGGAAAAAUGAAAAAAAAAAAGAAAACUGCUCUCUAAUUUUCUAAAUUUACUGAUGCCAUUGUAUUCACACCGUGAUUUUUGUUUAUUAUAUGUAUUUUCCACAUUUCAAAAUUGUGACAUAACCUUAAAGCUGCUUUAUUUCCUUCUGCUUAUUGGAGUGUAAUAGAAAGUGUGAGCAAGUGACAAUUUGGGUGUGAUUUCAUUGUCUAGUGUGUGAAGAAUGUUGCAUGAGCAGUGUUUUUCUAUUUGAAAUGGCCUUUUCUUGCCAUUCACAGGCAGGUCCUGUGGAUCCAUUUUUACUAAGGGUCUAAAAUUAGACUAUUUUAAAGCGUGUGUUGAUAAUGUAUUGUGUGGGUGGUUUCCUCUUAUGAUUGUAUCCAAUAUUAAUUUUGUAACACAGAUUGCAAAGGUGAUAACUGAAUAGCGUUUUUGUGGUCUGAUGUAACAGGUCAUUGUAGUAAACACGUAUCAUUGGCACACACGUUUCCCCACAA